AUGGAAGGAAAAAAGAAUGACAAAGAAUUCGGGAGCGAUCUCAAAAGACCAAAAUCGUCUUUUUUUUAUUAUUACCUCGCUAAACGUUCAGAUAUUAAGGUAAGGCGGAAUGAACGAGCAUCAAAGAUAUUGGGAAGAAAAUGGAGAAAUCUGGAUUUCGAUGCUAAGAAGCCUUACAUAGAAAAAUCAAACGCGGAGUGGGAAAGAUAUAGAAGAGAAAAGUCUCUUCCAAAUUCUUCCGUAAGAUCUGAAAAUCUUUGCAAAUUUCAAGCUUCUCCUUCUAAUCCGGAAGAGGUAACUGGUGAAUAUACCGAAUCAAAAAUAUCGGUUGAAGAAAGAUCCGAAUAUCGAAUUGACGAAGAAAAGGAAGAAUUGGAAAUAAUAGAAAAAGUUGGCAAAAACGUUGAAAUGAUGAACACAAAAAGACCAGCUGGCAACGAAGAAAACUGCCAACUAAAAACCAAAAAAUUAAAAAUUGAAGAAGAGGAAGCAGAAAACGAAAUCUCAGAAAGAGAAGAAACGUCUAACAACGAUCUUUUCCACCCGUUAACUUUUGUUGACGAAGAAAAUGAUGUUGCAAUAACACAAGAAGGACCAAGGGAAUUCACUGAAAAUGAAGACGUUUCAAUAACACAAGAAGGACCAAGGGAACUCACUGAAAAUGAAGAAUUACGAUUCCCAUUGAAUUACGGUCGUUUCCCAUUCAGAGAAAGCGGAGAAAAAGUGGAAGGUACAAAGGGAUAG